CCCGUUGUCUGCGAGCCAUCUGGUUCGGUUGUGCCAUCUGGCUGUGUGUGUGUUUGUGUGUGUGUGUGUGUGUGUGUGUGUGCGUGUGUGUGUGUGUUUGUGUGCGUGUGUGUGUGUGCGUGUGUGUGUGUGUGUGUGUGCGCGCGCGCGCGUGCGAAUGUCGCUCGGUCGGGGAUAUUGAUUGACUGAAUAGCUGCGAGCGCAACGGAACUCAAACGGGCUAGAGCGAUCACGGAGCGAUCUUCUUGGUGACAAGUUGAAACAGCUGCCAUCAUAGCAAAAGUCAGUUGCUUGCAUGCUGGGAAGUGAAGAAAGAGCUGACGUCGUGGAAAGUGCACGCCAGACGUGACGGAAACAGUCGAUCAACGUGCAUGAUCCGGGACUUGAUUGAAGCAGAAUUGGCUCUCCGAAUGCAUGCAUGCACGUCGGUACUUGGUCGAAGCAGAAUUGGCUCUAAGAAUGCAUGAAUGACGUGCAUGCAUGCAUGUAACAGGACUUGCUCGAAGCAGAAUUCGCUCUACGAACGCAUGCAUGACGUGCCUGCAUACACGUCGGGACUUGGUCGAAGCAGAAUUGGCUCUACGUUGGCUCUACGAACGCAUGCAUGACGUGCAUGCAUACACGUCGGGACUGUGUCGAAGCAGAAUUGGCUCUACGAAUGCAUGCACGUCGGGACUUGGUUGAAGCAGAAUUGAAGCAGAAUUGGCUCUAAGAACACAUGCAUGACGUGCAUACAUGCAUGUUGGGACUUGGUCGAAGCAGAAUUGGCUCUACAAACGCAUGCAUGACGUGCAUGCAUGCACGUCGGGACUUGGUCGAAGCAGAAUUGGCUCUACAAACGCAUGCAUGACUAUCAUGCAUGCACGUCGACACUUGAUCGGAGCAGAAUUGACUCGACGAACGUAUGCAUGCACGGCGAGACUUGGAUCGAUGCAGAAUUGGCUCUAUGAACACAUGCAUGAUGUGCAUGCAUGCACGUCGGGACUCGAUAGAUGCAGAAUUGGCUCUAUGAACGCAUGUAUGAUGUGCAUGCGUGCAGGAUGAACGAGUCUACAUCAUCUCACACUGAUCCUGCAGCACUCUUGCAGGGAUCUUGCAGCAAUCAUGGAGGCGAUCCUCGUGGUGGAGGGUUGAAGAGUUUGCCGACGUCGUCGAAAAGAUCCUUGGCGGUCGCCAUGGCACCAAAGAUGGCCACAUGUAAGUACUCAGAUAAAACACUGGAAGGUAACUGGUUCGAGGAACGGCAACAAGAAGUAUAUCACGUGACCAGGCGUUGGAGGAAAAGGCAUGACGAAGGGACGGCCUAUCCCGUACGAAGAGCGGAUGAGGGGUUCCCCAUGCUCUUCCGGUACGAGAGUGGAUACUCAGAGACCUUUCCGAUUCAUUCGAUCUCGCAUUUUCAUCGCUAUGGCAGUACCGACACGUGGCGCACUCUCCCGUCGAAUCCGGCCUAUCGGCCGCUUUCCUACGAGACGACUACAGAGGCCUGCAACCAAGCGAUGGUUGCAGCAGUACGAGAAGCGGCAGCAGAAUCAGCUGCAGCAGCAACAGGAGCGGUAGGAGGAGGAGGGGGAGCAGGAGUAGGGGGGGGAUUUGGCCGGGCAGCCGGGCCAGCCGGCAUAGCUCCAAUAGAUGGACGAGGAGGACGAAUUAACAACACCCACACCUACCUUAAUCGGAACAAGAAACUGAUAGUCUCAUUCGACAACUUCGACCAGCAGAUCCUGGUCCGUAGGGCUCGCCAUCCAACAGCUGUGGAAGGGGGGGAGGAGGACGAGGAGGGGGGCUACGGGAGUGUCCUACCCUCUCACCCCAAGCUGAACUACGACCCUUUUCAGACUACGAACCAGUACAUGUUCGAGAUCCUGCCGGCACUGGCUCGAAAAAAGCCACCCCUACCUGAAAAAUGUGACGAUACGCGAUUUAAGGGGGGUUACUGGGCGGCCUCUAACCCCAAUGUCCCACAUGCUAAGCCUUUCCACUCCUCAGAUCGGACCUUCUUCAAGUACCAGUUUAUCAGGGAGGAGUUUCAGGAAAAGAACCUGGAACCAUUUAGGUUCUUAAAGGGUGACCCUCCAGGCGUAUCGCCACGGGCCCAUGGGAUCAUCCAUUGCGUUCCGGGACAAGCGGAUGUCGAUGACGACAAUUUGGUCCCGGAGGUGGUCCCGGAGGAACAAGGCGAAGGCGGCCCUGCAUCAGUGGGACAACAGAGGGACCAAAAUGCCCAUCCUGAGUGCCGGUGUCAUUGUAACUGCUGUUGGCAUCGGGACCUCUGCUCAGUCUGCUGCGCAACCCCCAUGAAGGAGGAGGAGGGCGAGGAGGAGUUGGAGGAGGAGCUGGAGGAGGAGAACGAGGCUCAGGAGGAAGUGGCAGUGACGACUGUGGAGGAGGAGCAGAAGGAGGAGGAGGAUGUAAUAUAUCAUUCCCCAUGCCAUUCCAAGAAUCCAACCUUCCUCCCCCGUGUACGCCAUGAUGAUGAUGUCAAUAAUGUAGCUGAUGAUGAUGAUGAUGAUGGCGAUGCUAAUGAUGAUGAUAAUGACGAUGAUGCUGGUGAUGAUAAUGAUGAUGAUGAGAUGAUGAUGAUGAUGAUGAUGAUGAUGAUGAUGAUGAUGAUGAUGAUAACAAUGAUGAUGACAACCGCCGAUGAUGAUGAUGAUGAUGAUGAUGAUGAUGACGGCGAUGAUAAAACCAAAACUGGUGAUGAAGAUGCCCUCUUACGAGCUGAUGAUGAAGUUAUUGCUGACGAACAUGCUGAUGAAGAAGCCCGCUUACUAACUGAUGUUGUCCCGAUAAGAUGACGCAAAACAUUUCUUAAAAAAAAAAGCACUGGAUACGAGUUGAGAACCUGAAGAUCACUUCCCUCCUUAUCUCCCUCCAUUCG